AUGGCAUCUCACACCGACUCUGUUGUUGCGGUCACUCGACCAGGUCCGAGAAGAAAUACAAAUGCGCACUGCUGGUGCAAGCUUCCUCAAGAUCUCCUGCGAUUGAUUUUUGAACGCCUUGGAUUUGCGGAUUUUCAACGAGCCAAAACAAUUUGUUCAUCUUGGCUAUUGGCUUCGAAAAUAUCUCAGCCAAACAAUGAGAUCCCCUGGAUGAUUCUAAUCCCCAAGGACAACAAUUACGGUCUCUUGUUAAAUCCUGAAGAAAAAGACAAGGUUUACAAGACUCAAUAUCUCGGCAACGACUUUGGAAACAGUUUUUGUGUGGCGACUUAUAGAAGCUGGCUUUUGAUGCUAGACCCUCAAUGUACUGAAAUGAACAUUGUAAUUUCCCAUCUUUAUAUUUUAGAUCUUUUAACGCGCGAGAGGAUCAAUCUACCGACUUUUGAAUCAGAUCUUGGGCUCAUCUCUCCGGUAUUGUGGAUAGAUGAGAAAACCAAAGAUUACCUAGUUAUAAGGAUGCAUGAUGAUAAAAAUGCGGUUUCUUUCAAGAAAGGAGAUAACUCGUGGAAACAAAUCCCCGAGCUGUUAUCGUCAGGUGUCUACGAUUGUUUUGACUUGCUAUACAAGGAUCACAAGCUGUAUUGUCUCAACCAUUAUAAACUCAAGAUUUUCGAUUUUUCUGGACAAGUUCCCUUGCAAGUUUUCAAGAUUAGCGUGCGUGGAUGCGUACACAUUGCAACAGGUCUUCAGAUGAGACUUCCUGAUAUCCCACACGAUCUCCAAGUUGUUAAGAGGAAGACUAAUAUGGUAGUUACAUUACGAGGAGAUAUCUUGAUUGUUGAGAGUUUACGUCCGUUUAUGUCCAAGAUAUGGGAAUUUGAAAUCUACAAGAUGGAUUCAUCCAAGAAGACCAAGUCUAAAUGGGACAAGAUCGUUUCUCUCGGCGAUGAGUCAAUUUUUUUGGAUUUGGGUGUUACCGUGCUUGCUAAGGACGGUCUUGAAGGAAUCAUUAAAAACUCCAUCUACUUUAAUGGUAAUGGUUUUGAAGAUAAAUAUGACCAAAAUGAAAUCUUGAUCUAUAAUCUCGACACAAAAAAGGCUGAACAGCCUCAACAGUUUGUUUAUUCCUCCAUUCCACUCUCUAAUGCUCGUUGGUUCUUUCCAAGUUUCAAACGGGAAUGA